AACAAUUUUUUACACUUUUUUGAUCCCUCAACUAUACGAAAUGCAUUCCGCUGUGGCCGGUGCCAGAGUCCGCGCCUCCUCCGCCAGUAAAGCCCGGGCUGAAGCCGAGAACUUAUGUUAUCCAGAUCCCCAGAUAUCAAAUCCUCCGCGUUCCUCCACCGCCGUUCUCCAAAACUGCAACAUUUACGCGCGAAAUCCACCUAACGAGAUCAACACUAUCACCGCACAAGCGAGAACUAACUCCAACCAGAACACCGAAAUUGUAAUCCACAACUCCCAGGUCGCUGCGGCUUCUGAUCUGAAAUUGAUCCAGAGCUCGGUCAAAACGUACCUGGGAAGACCCUGGCAGAAGUAUUCCCGGACGGUGUUCAUGAAAACCGUCCUGGGUAGUUCAAUUGCUCCGGUGGGUUGGCUUGAAUGGGAUGGUAAUUUUGCCCUGGACACUCUGUAUUAUGCAGAGUAUGCUAACACCGGACGGGGUUCAUCCACGGCAAACAAGAUCAAUUGGAAGGGAUACCAUGUUCUGACCAGCGCAACCGAUGGAUCGAAGUUCACCGUCGCCAAUUUCAUCGUCGGUAAUCCCUAGCUUCCAGCGACUGGCGUGCCUUUCACUUCUGGGCUUUAAAUAUAUCAAUUUCAUUAAAUUGCAUGUUCAUCAAUAAUCAUUGUUGGUUUUGAUUUCAGUUUCUUUGUGGGAAUUAAUUUAUAGUUUCAAAUUGUAUAGCAUAUGAUUUCUGUAAUAUACAAUAAAUCAAAUUGUCAUUC